AUGCAUUAUUGGAUCCUUUCAGUGGUAAUUUCUGCUGUUACCCUGGCACGGUGCAGUGAUGAUCAGGCUUGCAAACGUUGGGGUAGGUUUGAUUUACUGGGCUUUUCCAAGGAUGGAGAUGUCAUGUUGGGUGGAAUUUUUGGAGUGCAUUACCAUGUUGAGCAUCCGGACCUCUCGUUCAGCAAUCACCCGGAGACAGCAAAUUGCCUCAGCUUUCGGUUCAGACCUUUCCGUUUUGCACUGGCGAUGAUUUUUGCAAUAGAGGAAAUAAACAAUGACGCAGCUCUGCUUCCCGGUGUCACACUGGGAUACCGUAUAUACGAUUCUUGUAACUUGCCCCAGUUAUCAUUAAAAGCAGCUUUGGAGUUUCUAAACAGUCCCGAGACCAACAUUUCCUCUGAUAACUGUAAAAACUCCGCUGUUGUUUCUGCGAUUGUAGCUGAUUCUGGAUCCACGCAGUCUUUAGCAAUAGCACCUUCCAUCGGUGCCUUCAGAAUCCCUAUGGUUAGCUACUUUUCUACCUGCACAUGCCUCAGCAAUAGAAAGGAAUAUCCAUCAUUUUUUCGAACAAUACCGAGUGAUUACUAUCAGGCUAAAGCAUUAGCCCAGCUCGUGAAACAUUUCGGAUGGACCUGGAUUGGAACUGUUAAGAGUGAUGAUGACUAUGGGAACUUUGGAAUGCAAGCAUUUGAAGAGGCUGUGCAACAAUUAGGCAUUUGCAUUGCUUUUUCCGAGUCAUUUCAUAAAACAUUUACUCGAGACAAGUUGCUGAAAACAAUUGACACCAUAAAAACCUCUACUACAAAAGUUGUCGUUGCUUUUGUUGGAGAAUCAAAUAUGGGUGUUCUUCUAAAAGAAAUGAUUAGACAAAAUCUCAGCGGCAUACAAUGGAUUGGAAGUGAAUCAUGGGUUUCCACGUUGCUUCUUCCUCCGGAAGAAAGUAAAAAGAUUGCAUCUGGUGCAAUUGGGGUUGCAAUUCGCAAAGUCAGUAUACCAGGGUUGAGGGAGUUCCUGAUGAAAGUUCACCCAUCCUUGUAUCCAGGAAACCUCUUGGUGAAAAAGUUUUGGGAAAGUUGUUUCGGCUGCAGUCUAAGUGGUGGAAUCAAAACAGAUACUCGACAAACUGAGUCAGAGCUUAAGGAAUGCACGGGGAGAGAACAUUUACAGAAUGUCCAAAAUGAUUUUACUGAUGUGUUGCAGUACAGAGUGACUUACAAUGUGUACAAAGCAACUUAUGCUAUAGCUCAUGCACUUCAUAAUAUGGCAUCAUGUAAAACUGGGGAAGGACCGUUCUUCAAUGGGAAUUGUGCAAACGUUUCAAAUUUUCAACCAUGGCAGUUAUUAUACUACAUGAGAACGGUGAAUUUCAUAACCAAGAUUGGCGAAAAGGUUUAUUUUGAUGAAAACGGAGACCCUGUUGCAACAUAUGACAUUGUAAACUGGCAACCAAAUGUCCUUGGUACAGUUGACAUUGUAAAUGUUGGGCACUAUGAUGGAUCAGCCCGUUUUGGAGAAGAAUUUUCCCUAACAGAAGAGGCAAUUGUUUGGAGUGGUGGUCAGAAGUUGGUUCCUAAAGCUGUUUGCUCUGAAAGCUGCCAUCGAGGAACAAGGAAAGCCGGAAGAAAAGGACAACCUAUUUGCUGUUUUGAUUGCAUACAAUGUGCACAAGGAGAAAUAAGUAACACGACUGAUUCCGUUCAUUGUACAAAAUGUCCAUUGGAAUUUAAAUCUAAUGAAAGACAGGAUCAGUGCAUCCCAAAGGAAAUCGAGUUUCUUUCCUUUUUCGAGACAAUGGGAAUCAUUCUCGUGGCCCUGUCGUUGUUGGGAGCUGGCACCACUGUUGGUGUGUUCACAAUAUUCUAUGUCUAUAGACAAACUCCGAUAGUUAAAGCUAAUAACUCUGAGUUAAGCUUCCUUCUUCUUUUUGCCUUGACACUUUGCUUUCUGUGUGCAAUUACAUUCAUUGGUGAACCUUUAGUUUGGUCUUGUAUGCUCUGCCACGUAGCGUUUGGUAUUAGUUUUGUUCUUUGCAUAUCUUGUGUCUUAAGUAAAACAAUAGUCGUGGUGAUGGCAUUCAAAGCAACGUUUCCUAACAAGAAUAUGAUGAAGUGGUUUGGACCAAGACAACAACGGCUGAUGGUUUACAUCCUUACCCUGGUACAAUGUGCAAUAUGUACUGCCUGGUUAAUUCUAUUGCCACCUUAUCCUUUGAAAAACACUCGUCACUUUAAUGAGAUCAUCGUUUUUGAAUGCAAUGUAGGAUCGCCGUUCGCCUUUUAUUGUGUACUCGGUUAUAUUGGAUUUCUGUCUUGCGUAUGUUUUGUGGUAGCUUUUUUAGCUCGCCAACUUCCAGAUAACUUCAAUGAAGCUAAACACAUAACGUUUAGCAUGCUUAUCUUUUGUGCAGUUUGGAUAACUUUCAUUCCAGCUUACAUAAGUUCGCCAGGGAAAUAUACUGUGGCAGUUGAAGUAUUUGCUAUUUUGGCCUCCAGUUUUGGUCUGCUUAUUUGCAUUUUUGCCCCAAAAUGUUAUAUUAUUCUUCUGAAGAAAGAAAAGAAUACAAAGAGGAAUAUGAUAGGCCCAGUGACUUCAAAAAAAACCUUGAAAACUUUCGUCAGUAAGGACCAGAUAUUUUAG